AUGAGUGUCCCGUAUCAUGCAAUUGAGUGGAGGGAUUCAAAGCCCCGACCUGCGUUAACGAUCGAAAAACGAAGAUGUUCUAAAAGGCAAACUGUCGAAGGUAAUGUGGACCGGACACGUAAUACGUAUGAACGGAUGGAACCGAACGAACCGAACCGAUGGACAAGAGCCGUUAGUGACCGGCUCUUCGAUUCUUUUGGAUUUUUGGACUUUGUGGAUUCCUUUGGAUGUCAAGUGUAUUGCUGGAGAAGACCACCCACACACUGGUCAGAGUUCUUUGUGAAACUUUUAGAAGAAAGAUAUGAUGCUCAGCGAGUCUCUAAAGCGAGGAGAGCUCACUGGGCUACUCUUGCAGUCGACCAAGCAGAAGUGGAAGAUUUGCUGGCGGUAGGUCGAGUCAUUCGACAGUCUGUGGGUCGAUAG